AUGAGCAGAACAAAAUUUAUGGCAAUCAUCUUGAUGAUUUUUAUUGCUGAUAGACUGGCUACUGGUUUAAUGCGACGAUGCAAAUGUGAGGAAGAUAAUGAGUGUCAAGAAGAAGCAUUAAAUUCGGUGGACAAAUGCUCUAGUGACUGUGGCUAUAACUUAGCUCCGAUUGGCGGUAAUAUACAAGAUAUGGUGGAUUGUUUUGGUAAGCAAGAAGCAGCCAUUCAAGCUGAAGACGUUUGCUUGAGACGGAAAAUUAAUUACAAAUGUGACAAUAGGUCUCAGUCUGCAUUCGUCAGUGAAAUUAACUUCGAUAAUUUGGAGUUCACGUUCAAUGAGACAACAAAACCAGCUGUUGGCCCACUUCUGCAAAAAAUAUAUGACAGUCUAGAUGCUAUAUUUAAAUGUGGCCAUGAUUUAACGGAUCAUAAAACAUUGAUGAAUUUCGUAAAAGAUUGUUUUGGAGCUUAUUCGCUAUUUUACAUUGAACAAAUGCAAGCUUGUCAUUGCCUUCUACAUAAGCUUCAUCUCACAAAACUGGCAGGUGCAUGUAUUCAUGUCGGAAAUCCACUUCUGAAAGGAUUUAAAUAG